GUACCAACCUGCUGCAACGCUGCAACAAAGCUUCUGUGUGCCUUGAAUUUGAAACAUUAAGCCACAAGAAACAAAAAAAAGCCUUAAACUUUUUCUUGCUUUCAUCUUCUUCUUCUUUUUCUCCAUUUAUUGAAGAUCUUCUUUGAUAAGAGAGAAGAGCUUUCAUGGCGUCUCCCUCUGAGAACAGUAGUCGAUCCAGAAGCCAAAAAAACCAUCUUUCAAAACCUUGUCUCACCUCCAUUGAAGGAUUUGAAGCUCAGGAAACGCGUUCAUCUCUCUCUGCUCACUCAAAGGACCUUUCUGGGAGUAUUGAGUUCUGCGGUUGGAGGUAUCCAAACAAAAGGUUCAAAGCUUGGGCUAGAAAAAUGGCAUCUUUGCACGAACCCAUUUGGAGAAAAGCUGGGAUUUUUGAAGCUGUUGUAGCAUCUACAUACAUAAUCCGUAAAGACACAGAUCUCCUUAUGGGUAUUGCUGAGAAAUGGUGUCCUGACACUAAAACCUUCGUUUUCCCUUGGGGUGAAGCAACCAUAACCCUUGAAGACGUUAUGCUGCUUUUAGGUUUCUCUGUUUUGGGUUCGCCGGUUUUUGCUGCUCUGGACAGCUCAGGGAAGAAGGUUAUGGCGAAGCUAGAGAAAGAAUGGAAGCAGAUCAAGAAAGAUAAGACCAUUCUGGUAAGCAAAUUAUCAUGGAUGGAGAGAUUUAUGAACAGUAAUGAUGAGCUUGAGCAUGUUGGGUUCCUUGCGUUGUGGCUUAGCUACUUUGUCUUUCCAUCAAACAUGUUUCAUCUCUCUAAAGCUAUUUUGCCAGUUGCUGUUCAUCUUUCAAGUGGUACUAAGAUGGCUCUUGCUCCUGCUGCUCUUGCACACUUGUAUGCAGACUUAAGUAUCUUGAAAACCCAUAUUAGAGUUUACAGUAAAUCGCUUAUUAAGGUACAGAUUGACCUGACUGCUUUGUUUAAGCUGGUUCAAGUUUGGGCAUGGGAGAGAUUCAGGGAACUGCAACCAAAACCUUUUGCUUUGCUAAGGGGUGAGCCAAGAUUGGCUCGGUGGUCUAACCUGAAACAGAGAACCACCAAUGCAAGGCGGAUUCUGAACCACUCGAAAAUGGAUAGUUUUGAGUGGCGUCCCUACACUAAAACUUUGAAAAAUUGGGACUUUCCUAAGUUUUAUCCUGAGAAAGCGAUGAAGGUGCCUGUUGGUCCCAGUCUUGAUGAUGAAUUUAUCUCUUUUGCUCGAUGCAUCAAGGUGUCUGAGCUUGUUGGUAUUGACACAGUGGAGCAUUACUUUCCCAAUCGGGUGGCUUCACAGUUUGGGAUGCGUCAGGAUGUUUAUUCUCCUCUUAAAGGUUACAGACUCUCACGUGAGGCAGCUUGGAAUGUGUACGAUAAGCGUAUUGAUGAUUUUACAUUAUACAUUCCUUCCCGUUCUGCAAAAUCUUGUGUUGUACCAAUGUUCUGCGAGUGGUGGAGGAAAUCAGCUGAAACAUUGAAAUCAACCAUCAGAGGUGAAGACACUAGCUUUGUCCCUUCAGGCUCUAAGAUGAAGAGAACAAGAGAAGAUGGAAUGAAGAUAGCUAAGGAUUCAACAAACAAGAGACGUAAGUACAUGAAGCAAGCUCAUGAGAAUGAAGAGAGUACAAUGGGCCGUUGUCAGAAACAGGUUGCAUCAUACAAUGAUGAAGACGAUGAGAGCCUCACUUUUGCUCAAAGAAGGGUACUUUAUAAGAAGCAGUAUAGUGGUCUUAAGAAUAGUGGAGGAGAUACUUCUGAGCCGCUUGGUAAAAAAGGUAGAUUUGAGGCGGGUAAAAAUGAUUUAGGACGUUGUGAAAAGCUUUUUUCGAUAAGCUAUGAGGGAGAUGAAACUGUACUAGCACCGGAAGUAAAGAAAAGGAAUGAAGAAACAGAAACUGAUGAAACAGGAAGCAAAGCAGGGAAGCGUAUGGUUCUGAGCCCAUCUCAUGAAACUAACUCUUCAUAUUCUCCUGUUGAUUUUGAUGGAGUAAAUGACAUUGUUGUACCAGCUUCAGAGAAAAGGCUAUUCUGUGAUGAUGAUCUUGAUGUGUAUGGGAGUUAUGCAGAGAAGGAGACUAUGGAUGAUGGCAGAAAUGAACCAAAGUUUUUGGCAUGUGAAGAUGAUACCGUAGCUGGAGAAAUGACGAGAUCAGAUGAGAAGUUGUUCAGUGAAAAUGAGACAGAAAAUGAUGAUGGAAUGAUCAAUGACAAGGUACAAGCAUUAAAGGGAGAAAAAAAUGAAACAAGCAAAGCAUAUAAGAGUAUGGUUCCCUGCCCAUCCGAUAAGUCAAACACUCACAUCACUGUAGGUGGUAGAAGCCAGGGACAAAACUGUUUGCUUCAUGACGAUGGUUUUGGAAGUGAAGAAACCAAGAAGUCCAAUGAGCAGUUUGAGGAUUUAGAAAAGAGAAACCAUGAUUCUGGUGAGGGUGACGUUGAUAAUGACACCACUGAAAAGAGAUUUCAAGAGCUGAAGGUACUGGCAUCAACGAUAGAAGAGCGUAUUCUUAAAGCAGAAAGAACUGUGGCAUGGCUGAAAGAAAGGAAAACCAGAAAAUAGAGAAAAAUAACAGCAGCUCGUUUGAGUUAGUUGCUUUUCUUGGGUAGAUAAAGAAAGGAGAAGUCAAAUGCAAGUAGAACAUCAAAGUUCAGUCUCAUAUCUAUAUGAUCUUUUGGUUUAGUAGAAUCUUUUGAUAUUCCUGCUUAGUAUCUUUUUGAGGACUUGUUUGCUUUAAGUGUUUCAUAUUAUAUCUUUUGAACUCAGUUAUGAUAUGAGUAGCUUCUUGGUGUGUUGCAGAUCAGAGUUUUGCUUACAGGGAUUGUGAUCUAUUAUGAUCUUUUUGG